CUUAAUCUUAUCCAGAUGACUGGAAAGGCGAUUGCACUGCUGUGUCUGAUCUUGGGAUCCCUGGCCACAGCCUUCCCUAUAGGGACGCAACAGAAACCCAGGAGUCAAAGGCGGAGGUCCGUCAGGAAAGAGGACAAAACUGGAGGCUCAGGUGUAGUUGGAGGAUCUGCUUUUGAUGGAGCAGCUGGCCCUGGAGUAGCAGGGACAACUGGGGGAGUUGGUCCUAUUGGAGGAGGAGCUACCAUUGGAGGGUCUGGUCAUGAUGCUAGCACUGGUGCUGUCGGAGGAACUGGUGUGGUUGGAGCUACAGGUGUCGUAACCACAGGUGUUGCUGGAGGUGUGGGUAGUGGAGUUGGUCAUGAUGCUAGCAUAGGUGUUGCUGGAGGUUCUAGUCAUGAUGUAAGCACAGGUGUAGCUAGUGGAGCUGGCCAUGGUGUGAGUACAGGUGUUGCUGGAGCUACAAGUGAUGUUGGAGGUGCAGGUCACGCUGUAGCCACAGGUGUUGUUGGAGGAGUUGAUAAAGUUGGAGGUGGUUCUGUUGGGGGAGCAGGAUAUUCAGGCAGCUCCAGCACUGUUGGAGGAACUGGCAGCAGUGGUCACCUAGAUGGUUUAGAUCUUGUUGGAGGAACAGAUGCAGCUGUUGGUACUAGCGUAGGAGCUGGUGUUGGAGGAGGAGCAGGUCACCUUCACUCUGCGAGUGGAGACGUGCUUGUGAGCACAGGAGGAGCUGGUGGAGCAAGUUCAGUUGGAGUUGGAGCCACUGGUGGAGCAAGUUCUGUUGGAGUAACUGGUGGUGCAAGUUCUGUUGGAGUUGGAGCCACUGGUGCUGCAAGUUCUGUUGGAGCCACUGUUGGAGCAAGUUCUGUUGGAGUUACUGGUGGAGCAAGCCCAGCCGAUUACGACCCAGCCCACUACCCACACAUCAUUCCAGGAUUCCCCUUCCAGACCUCAAAGCCUGAAAAAGGAUUCGGAGGCUGUGCCAACUGGUGCCGCAGCUCAGCCAAGAAGAACUACUACUGCUGCAACAGAACUGGGUACAAAGGCUAAAUAAUUCCCUUACAUUUCUAUCACUUAAGUUUUAUUUAGCUCUUGGCCUACAAAGGUUGCAGCCAAAAAUUAUAUAAUUUAUAAUAUAAAUGUUAUUACUUUUGUAUAAAUGUUGUUCUUCAUUCCUUACAUAUCUGGUAUUAACUACCGUGUUUGUAUAAAAUAAAACAAUUCGACGAUA